AUAACAGUUAGUCGCAUCCGAACCACCAAACUGUCAACAUUCAAAUCACGGUAAAUACAACGGCAACUCUCUUUGUGCUGUGCAAAAACCAAAAAAAAGUGCAAGUGAAAAAUUAUACCAGCAAUUGAAGCAUUUAGCGCUGCAAUCAAAUAGCACUUCGCUAGAAAAUUUACGCAAUUCAAAGAAGCAAUUAAGUUAACGCAUUUAACGAAGUGCAAAUUGCAAAAGGCGGGCAAUGAAAUAGCGAAAAUUCAAGUGAACAAAUUGUAGUGAAGCCAAACCCAUUUUUCCACGCUGGCGUCUGCCAGCAAGUGCUGGCACUUUAUGUGCUUUGUGGGUGCGCCACGGCACAAGUUCAAUUAAAUCGACGACAAGCGAUAACGGUUUUGUGCGUUACGCGGCUAGAUAACGGUGAUAAAGUGCGAUUUAAUUGGAAUUUAGUGAAAAUUACUUGCGAUUAUGUAAUAAGUGAAAAUUUUCACCGAAAAAUAUAUGAGAAAAAAUUUUCAUCUCACCACAGCGACAUCUAGGCAGGGAUACUGAAUUUUGUCUGUAUACGCGGAGCAAUCGUCGACGAGAUGCGGAGUCUGCGUCCAACUUAAAAGUGGAGCAAACGCUGUGCAACAACAAAACGAACAGCUGAUUAACAUUAGCACACAGCUGGUCGAGCGGUUUUAUCAAUGAAAGCUGCCUGUAAUAUGCCGCUGAGCGCCCCUAACGCUAGACAACCAUAAAAGUCAUAAAGUGAUGCCGCACAAUGGUCACCAAAACGACAACAAACAACAAUUUACAUAUGAAUAAUAAUGAGGAGAACGAUAUCGAUCAGGAUGAUGGCAUGCAGGAUCUGGGUUUGCCUGUGUCGCUGCAGACCUUCCUCUGGCGUCAGAUUGCACCUUUCAUAAGGCCGAAACUGGGCAAAUUGCAUGAGGCUAGUUGCAUGUUUUGCCAACAUGCACCAGGACAUCAUGAAUCGAAAGAAGCUUGCAAGGUAAUAAUUUGA